ACCGAGCGCCUGGAGYUGAACGGCAACAACAUCACGCGCAUCAACAGGAACGACUUCUCCGGGCUGAAGCAGCUGCGCGUCCUGCAGCUGAUGGAGAACCAGAUCAGCACGGUGGAGCGCGGCGCCUUCGACGACAUGAAGGAGCUGGAGCGGCUGCGGCUGAACCGCAACCAGCUGCACACGCUGCCGGAGCUGCUCUUCCAAAACAACCAGGCGCUGUCGCGGCUGGACCUGAGCGAGAACUUCAUCCAGGCCAUUCCCAGGAAAGCUUUCCGCGGGGCCACUGACCUCAAGAACCUGCAACUGGACAAGAACCAGAUCAGCUGCAUCGAGGAGGGGGCCUUCCGUGCCCUGCGGGGGCUGGAGGUGCUGACCCUGAAUAACAACAACAUCACUUCCAUCCCCGUGUCCAGCUUCAACCACAUGCCCAAGCUGCGGACAUUCCGCCUGCACUCCAACCACCUCUUCUGCGACUGCCACCUGGCCUGGCUCUCGCAGUGGCUUCGCCAGCGCCCAACCAUCGGGCUCUUCACGCAGUGCGCCGGGCCCGCCCAGCUCCGCGGCCUCAACGUGGCCGAGAUCCAGAAGAACGAGUUCAGCUGCUCCGGACAAGYGGACAGCGCGCGCGCCCAGCUCUGCAGCCUGUCCUCCGGCUCCUGCCCGGCCAUGUGCACCUGCAGCAACGGCAUCGUCGACUGCCGCGGCAAGGGGCUCACGGCCAUCCCCGCCAACCUGCCCGAGACCAUGACGGAGAUACGCCUGGAGCUGAACGGCAUCAAGUCCAUCCCCCCUGGCGCCUUCUCCCCGUACAAGAAGCUGCGGCGGAUAGACCUGAGCAACAACCAGAUCUCGGAGAUCGCGCCCGACGCCUUCCAGGGGCUGCGCUCGCUCAACUCACUGGUGCUGUACGGCAACAAGAUCAUGGAGCUGCCCAAGGGCGUCUUCGGGGGCCUCUUCGCCCUGCAGCUGCUGCUGCUCAAUGCCAACAAGAUCAACUGCGUGCGGGCGGACGCCUUCCAGGACCUGCAGAACCUCUCGUUGCUCUCGCUCUACGACAACAAGAUCCAGAGCUUGGCCAAGGGCACCUUUGCCUCCCUGCGGGCCAUUCAGACGCUGCACCUGGCCCAAAACCCCUUCGUCUGCGACUGCAACCUCAAGUGGCUGGCGGAUUUCCUGCGCGCCAACCCCGUGGAGACCAGCGGCGCCCGCUGCGCCAGCCCCCGCCGCCUGGCCAACAAGCGCAUCGGCCAGAUCAAGAGCAAGAAGUUCCGCUGCUCGGCCAAAGAACAGUAUUUCAUCCCAGGCACGGAGGACUACCAGCUGAACAGCGAGUGCAACAGCGACGUCGUCUGCCCCCCCAAGUGCCGCUGCGAGGCCGGCGUGGUCGAGUGCUCCAACCUGAAGCUCACCAAGAUCCCCGAGCGCAUCCCGCAGGCCACGGCCGAGCUGCGCCUGAACAACAACGAAAUCUCUGUCCUGGAGGCCACGGGCAUCUUCAAGAAGCUCCCACACCUGAAGAAAAUCAACCUCAGCAACAACAAGGUGUCAGAGAUCGAGGACGGGGCGUUCGAGGGCGCCGCGUCUGUCAGCGAGCUGCACCUGACCGUCAACCAGCUGGAGUCGGUGCGCAGCGGCAUGUUUCGGGGCCUGGACGGGCUGAGGACCCUGAUGCUGAGGAACAACCGCAUCAGUUGCAUCCACAACGACAGCUUCACGGGGCUGCGCAACGUGCGCCUGCUCUCGCUCUACGACAACCAGAUCAGCACCAUCGCGCCGGGCGCCUUCGACACGCUGCAGUCCCUCUCCACGCUAAACCUGCUCGCCAACCCCUUCAACUGCAACUGCCAGCUGGCCUGGCUCGGGGACUGGCUGCGCAAGAGGAAGAUCGUGACGGGGAACCCGCGCUGCCAGAACCCGCCCUUCCUCCGGCAGAUCCCGCUGCAGGAUGUGGCCUUCCCUGACUUCAGGUGUGAGGAAGGGCAGGAGGAGCCGGGCUGCAUCCCGCGGCCGCAGUGCCCUCAGGAGUGCACCUGCCUCGACACGGUCGUGCGCUGCAGCAACAAGCACCUCAAGGCGCUGCCCAAGGGCAUCCCCAAGAACGUCACGGAGCUCUACCUGGAUGGCAACCAGUUCACCCAGGUGCCCGGCCAGCUCUCCACCUUCAAGUACCUGCAGCUUGUCGACCUGAGCAACAACAGGAUCAGCUCCCUGAGCAACUCCUCCUUCACCAACAUGAGCCAGCUCACCACCCUGAUCCUCAGCUACAACUCCCUGCAGUGCAUCCCUCCGCUGGCCUUCGAGGGCCUCCGCUCCCUGCGGCUGCUGUCUCUCCAUGGCAAUGACAUCUCCAGCCUCCCCGAGGGCAUCUUCACAGACGUCACCUCCCUGUCCCACCUCGCCAUCGGGGCCAACCCGCUGUACUGCAGCUGCAACCUGCGCUGGCUCUCCAGCUGGGUCAAGACGGGCUACAAGGAGCCCGGAAUCGCCCGCUGCGCCGGGCCCCCUGACAUGGAGGGCAAACUGCUGCUCACCACCCCGGCCAAGAAGUUUGAGUGCCAAGGCCCGCCGGCCCUGAGCGUCCAGGCCAAGUGCAACCCCUGCCUCUCCAGCCCCUGCCGGAACCAGGGCACCUGCCACAACGACCCGCUCGGCACCUACCGCUGCGCCUGCCCCAGCGGCUACCAGGGCCGGGACUGYGAGGUGGCCCUUGACGCCUGCUCCAGCCAGCCCUGUGCCAACGGCGGCACCUGCGAGCCCCGGGAGGGCGAAGGAGGCGGCUUCAGGUGCCUGUGCACGGAGGGCUUCGAUGGCCCGAGCUGCGGCGCCGCCAGUGACCCCUGCCAGGAGCAUCGCUGUGAGAAUGGGGGCUCCUGCCAGCCCGCCGGCCACGGCUACACCUGCCUCUGUCCAGACCGCUACACAGGGGAUUUCUGCGAGCAGCCGCCGGAUUUCUGCUCGGCCGAGCUCAGCCCCUGCCAGCACGGCUCCAAGUGCAUCUCCACGAGGCAGGGCCCGCGGUGUGAAUGUGCCCCCGGCUACGUGGGCACCAACUGCAGCGAGGACUUCGACGACUGCCAGGACCACCGGUGCCAGAACAACGCGCGCUGCGUGGACGAGGUGAACGGCUACUCGUGCCUCUGCGCCGAGGGCUACAGCGGGCAGCUGUGCGAGAUGCCGCCCCGCGCCGCCGGGCAGCCCGGGCCCUGCGAGCGCRCCGAGUGCCAGAACGGCGCCCAGUGCGUGGAGCUGGGCGCCCGGGCGCUCUGCCAGUGCCUGCCCGGCUUCGGCGGCCCCAAGUGCGAGAAGCUGCUCAGCGUCAACUUCGUGGACCGCGACACGUACCUGCAGUUCACCGACCUGCAGGACUGGCCCCACGCCAACAUCACCCUGCAGGUCUCCACAGCGGAAGACAACGGCAUCCUGCUGUACAACGGGGACAGUGACCACAUGGCCGUGGAGCUGUACCAGGGCCACGUGAGGGUCAGCUACGACCCCGGCACCCACCCCAGCUCAGCCAUCUACAGUGCCGAGACCAUUAACGACGGGCAGUUCCACACCGUGGAGCUGGUGACCUUCGACCAGAUGGUGAACCUCUCCAUUGACGGCGGCAGCCCCAUGACCAUGGACAACUUUGGCAAGCACUACACCCUCAACAGCGAGGCGCCGCUCUACGUGGGAGGGAUGCCUGUGGACGUGAACUCGGCCGCCUUCCGCCUCUGGCAGCUGCUCAAUGGCACCAGCUUCCACGGCUGCAUCCGCAACCUUUACAUCAACAACGAGCUGCAGGACUUCACCAAGACGCGGAUGACGCCCGGGGUGGUGCCGGGCUGCGAGCCCUGCCGCAAGCUCUACUGCCUGCACGGCAUCUGCCAGCCCGCCGGCGCCCAGGGCCCCGUGUGCCACUGCGAGCCCGGCUGGGCCGGGCCCCACUGCGACCAGCCCCACGACAGCCCCUGCCAGGGGCACAAGUGCGCGCACGGGCUGUGCCUGCCCCUCGACGCCCUCUCCUACAGCUGCCAGUGCCACGAGGGCUACCAGGGCGCCCUGUGCAACCAGCCGGCCGAGCCGCCCGACCCCUGCCGCCGCCGGCCCUGCGUGCACGGCCGCUGCCAUGCUACGGGGCAGGACAGUGGCUGUGGCUUUGUUGGGCCCGUGGGGUUUGUGUGUGUCACUAUUGAAGACGCUGGUUUGUACUAG